CCAAGUACCAACGCAUCCCCAAGCCGCCAUCAACACCAAACCCAAAUCUGAGCAAGAUGGCAAACGGCUGGAGCGUCAUCAUCGGCCUCGUCUUCAUUAUCGCUUUCAGCGCCGUCUCCUGGUUCGCGAGCCCCAAGGGCGACACUCAGACCAUAUGGCGUUCCACCCUCAUUCUCUCCGCCUGGUCAUGCUAUCUCAUGUGGGCCAUUACGUUCCUCGCCCAGUGGCACCCGCUCAUCAACCCCCGCCGCUCCGACUUGAGGCCUGAGCAUGAUAGCGCAGUGAGAUUCUAAGGGAAGAGGUUCAUCCUUGAGGCUUGGAAUGAACUCGACGACAUCAGGGCAUGGUUAAAUGGACUAGCAAGUCACGGUGGUAUGGGACAAGGAAGCUGUAGAUAAUAGGACAGUGACGGAUGGACGGCAAAGAAUAGCGUUCCGUCGCAUGUGGCGCUGUUCCAAUAGUUCCUCAACCCCCGUUAUACAGGCUAGGCAAGGCGUUUUGGGAAUAUGCUGAGUUACACAAUGAGCAUUUGCGAUCACGCAUUGAAGCCAAGCACAGAAGCAAACUUGCAGAUAUCU